CAUUUCGGUUUAAUCAAGUUUCACCGGAACACCCUGGAAUCAGUUACAAGGAUGGAAUAAAUUAAAGAUGCCCACUAAAAAAGAAAAAAAAAAGUGUCAAAGAGCAGUGGGGGAAACCGAAGAUGCAGAUGACGACUACGCACAAGAGCAGGAACCCGAGCCAGAGUAGAAAGGUAAGCAGGUAAGCGACUCAAGAACGCAUGAAGAUUAAAGAAAACAUUUGAGGAUGGCAAUGAAGGUUAUACAAAGCAUGGAGUGAGAAGCACCAAGAAAAGAGGAGAAGGAGAGAGGGGGAUGAGUUGAUCAAGGAUGAAAACACAAUGAGUCCCUGGGUGGAAAGAAGGCAGGGAAACUUCCAGAUGUGAUCGAGUCAACCGAGAGAGGUUGAAAGAAGUUCGCUGUAAAAGACAAGAUGGGAUCAAAGAGCAAAAAGAAAAAAGGUGGAGAUCAGGCUGCUGGGGAUGAGGAGGAGGCAAAAAAGAAAAAGAAAGACAAGAAGAAAAAAUCCUCAGAGAAAGGUGAUAGUGAUGAAGACCCAAAGAAGACAAAGGGAAAGAAGAAAAAGAUUGAAAACUAUGUUGAAAUCUAUGAGAACGAGCUCCGCAACUAUGAGCCAGAGAACGUGGAGAACUACGAGGACGAAUACCACAAAAAGAAAGUGUAUGAGGUGGUGACCAUUACAGGGGAUGAGAGCGGAGCAGGUACUGAUGCCAACGUGUUCAUAACUCUUUUUGGAGAGUAUGGCAUCACACCCAAAAUUCACCUGGCCAGCAACACGGAGAAAAAGAGUAGAACUGCAUUUGAAAGAGCCAAAACUGAUGUGUUCAGGAUCAGAACUCACAAUGUUGGGCACCUGAAAAAAAUAAGGAUUGAGCAUGACAACACAGGCAUGAAUGCAAGCUGGUUCCUGGACCGAGUGAUCAUCACAGAUGUAAUCCGCCCCCAUUUAAGGUUUUACUUUUCUUGUAAUAAUUGGCUCAGUAGGGUGGAGGGAGAUCGCCUUUAUGUUAGAGACCUGCUGGCCACUAUGGACCAAAUGGACAUGCCCAAAUACAACAAGUACAUUGUGAGCGUUUUUACUGCGGACAUGAAAGGAAGCGGAACUGAUGCAGAUGUCUUCAUCAAUAUUUUUGGCGAGUUUGGAGACACAGGAGAAAGACGCCUUGACAGCGACAAAAACAACUUUGAAAAAGGCACAGAGGACAAGUUCACAAUCGAGGCACCAAACUUGGGGAGAAUUAGGAAAAUCACCAUCGGCCAUAACAACAAAGGCUCCUCAGCAGGAUGGUUUCUUGAUAAGGUGAUUUUGGAUGAUUUGGGAAACAAAGUAGUAUAUGAAUUCCCCAUCCAUCGCUGGUUUGCCCUAGAUGAAGAUGAUGGGAAGAUUCAGAGGGACAUUUUGGUGGGAGCCGACCAGCCGACAGGUAUUAUCUACAAUGUUCAGGUUGUGACGGGAAACAUCCGAGGUGCAGGGACCAACUCCAAAAUUCACAUAGUGAUGCAUGGUACCAAAGGCCAGAAGAACAGUGGAAAGAUAUUUCUGGAAGGAGGAGAAUUUGAGCGAGGCCUGACAGACAUAUUUAAUGUCGAGAUUGCUGCGCUGCUCAGUCCUCUCAGCAGAGUUACCAUUGGACACGACAAUGAUGGGGUCAGCCCCGGUUGGUACUGUGAGAAGGUUGUUGUGUACUGUCCUUUCACAGGGAUAGAGCAGACCUUCCCAUGUGGUAAAUGGCUGGAUGAAAAGGAGGGGGACGGGCUGAUUGAGAGAGAGUUGUAUGAGAUGGUCUCUCUAAGGCAAAGGAGGCAGAAAAAACACCCCUGGUCCUUGUGGAUUUGGACGUCAGACCUGCAAGGUGCUGGCACCGAUGCAGAUAUCUCUUUUCAGGUUUAUGGAGAAAAGGGCAAGUCAGAUGAAAUCAGGCUGGACAAUAAGUCUGACAACUUUGAAAAGGGUCAGGUUGACAAGUUUAUGGUUGAGCUGCCUGAUUUGGGAAAAUUGACCAAACUCCGUAUCUGGCAUGAGAAGAGAAAUCCUUUUGCAGGAUGGCAUCUGAGCAAGGCAACUUUGAUGAAGACAUUGACAAAGGAGAAGUACACAUUUCCAUGUGAGCGGUGGCUGGAUAUAAACGAAGACGACAAUGAGGUUGUGAGGGAGCUUCCUGCCUGUGGAGACCUGAUUGCUGAGCCACUGCCUGUGAUUAAAUAUCGGCUGACAGUCUGUACUGGUAAUGUUGGUGGAAGCGGAACAGACGCAUCAAUAUUCAUCAACCUGAUUGGAGACCAGGGGGAUACAGGAGAGAGGCAGCUGAUAAACUGCAAAAACAAUGUCAACAAGUUCGAGAAAGGAAAUAUGGAUGAGUUUAUAAUUGAGGCCGUGACCAUCGGGCGGGUCCACAGGAUGAGGAUUGGACAUGAUGGGAAAGGCGGUGGCUGUGGCUGGUUUCUUGAUAAAGUGAUUGUAAGAGAAGAAGGAAAGGCAGAGGCCCAAGCUGUAGAAUUCCCCUGCAACAGGUGGCUAGACCGCAAUGAGGACGAUGGACAAAUCACUAGAGAAUUGGUGCCAUUCUCUGAUGGACAGCGACUGUACAAUAUCAGCUAUCAGAUCGCAAUAAAGACCGGCGACAUACCAGGAGGAAGCUCAGACUCGAAUGUAUUUGUCAAGCUAUAUGGCGAGAAGGGAGACACUGACAAGACGAUGCUGGUGGUUUCUACAAACAACUUGGGGAACUACUUUGAGACCGGCCGUGUUGACAUCUUCACAGUGGAAACCUUUGAUAUUGGACAGAUCAACCGUCUCCUGAUUGGUCACACUAACAAAGGCAUGCGUGCAGGUUGGUUCCUUGACAGCGUCCAGAUUAUGGUUCCCAUACAAGGAAAGAAUUACAUGUUCCCGAGUCACCGGUGGCUUGACAAAGACAAAGCUGAUGGAAAAACAGAGGUGGAGAUUUACCCAAGCGAGAUCCUAGAAAUGGUACAAUUGAUGAACUAUGAGGUAACAGUAGUCAUUGGAGAUGUGAUGUUUGCCGGCACCAAUGCACGGGUGUUUAUCCAGAUCUAUGGGGAGAAGGGCAAAACUGAAAUUAUCACUCUUGAAAACAGAUCCAACAAUUUCGAACGGAAUACAACAGAAAUAUUUAAGUUUGAGGCCAAAGAUGUGGGGAAGAUCUUUAAAAUACGAAUUGGUCACGAUGGCUCCGGAAUUGGAUCUGGCUGGUUCCUGGAGGCAGUUGAUGUUAAACAUCUUAUAAUGGCUCUGAUGCCUAAAGAAAAGAAAAAAGAAGACAAGAAAAAGAAGAAGAAGAAAAAGAAAGACGAGGUUGAGGACGAAGAUGAAGCAGAGGAGAUGCGGGAGGUGGUGCUCGCAUACCAUUUUCCUUGCUCACGCUGGCUUAGCAAGGGAGAGGAGGAUGGAGAACUUGUGGUGGAGCUUCUAUCUGAAGAUGCAGAGGAAGAUCUAGAAGUCAACACCUAUGAAGUGUGUGUCUUCACGGGUGACACGAUGGGAGCUGGGACAGAUGCCAACGUUUAUAUUAAUAUUUAUGGGGAAAACGGAGACACCGGUGAGCGCCUCCUGAGUAAUUCUGACAACAUCAACAAAUUUGAGCGAGGGCAGGAGGAUGUUUUCAUUGUAACGGCUAUUGAUUUGGGCUCAUUGAAGAAGCUACGUAUCCGUCAUGAUAAUACUGAGCCUCACUCAGCCUGGUACCUGGAUCGAGUUGAGAUAGUGGACACAAAAGAAGAUAUAACCUAUUACUUCCCUUGUAACCGUUGGCUCGCAGUGGAUGAGGAUGACGGACAGAUAGCAAGAGAGCUGGUUCCUGUUGACGAGGCCUUCAUGAAGCAGAAUGAGGAUGAGGAGGGGACCGGCGCAACUUUGGGCCUUGAACAGAAAUCCAUGUCUACUACCUAUACUGUUAAAAUAAAAACUGGGGAAAAGAAAUAUGCUGGAACCGAUGCCAAUGUGUUUGCCAUCCUGUUUGGUGAAAAAGACGAUACAGGGAUUAUCAACCUUAAAGCGUGUAAAAACUAUAAGAACAAGUUUGAACAGGGGAUGAUCAAUGAGUUCACCGUGGAGGCCGUAGACUUGGGUGAACUGGAAAAGCUCCGGAUUGGACAUGACAACUCAGGAGGAUCAUCUGGAUGGUUCUUGGACUGGGUUGAGGUUGAUGCGCCGUCUCAGGGACAGAGACUACGAUUCCCAUGUGGCCGCUGGUUGGACAGAGGAGAGGAUGAUGGAGCGAUUGUGAGGGAUCUCUAUCCUGCUGACUUACAAACUGAAGUUUACACUCCAUUUGUGCCUUACGAGAUCAAGAUAUUCACCAGUGAUGUGUUUGCUGCGGGGACAGACGCUGAUGUUUUCAUCGUCUUAUACGGCCAAAACGGGGUGUCAACGCAACAGAAGCACCUUUGCGUCAACAAGAGAGAACGAAGGCUGUGCUUUGAAAGAGGAGCAGAGGACAUGUUUAUUGUGGAGCUGGAGGACAUCGGUGAUGUAAUAGAGAAAAUCAGGAUUGGACAUGACAACAGAGGAACCAACCCAGGAUGGCAUCUUGACAGGGUGGAGAUCAGGCGACAGCUGCGCAAAGGGAAGGGUUCGGAAACCACCAUAUUUCCAUGCGAACGCUGGCUAGCCAAGUCUGAAGAUGAUGGGGAGACAAUAAGGGAGCUGGUCGCCUCUGACAUUAUCACACAGAAGCUACUAAGGGAUGGGACACUAAAAACAACAGAAAUUGAGGUGGAGGAUGCUCUGGAGACUCACACAUACCAAGUCUCUGUGCGGACAGGUGACAUGUACGGGGCAGGAACUGAUGCCAAUGUUUUUCUCACCAUCUACGGAGACCUGGGAGACACUGGGGAGCGCAAACUUGCCAAAUCUGAAAACAACAAAAAUAAGUUUGAGAGAGGAGAGGUGGACAAGUUUACUAUUGAGGCUGUGGACUUGGGGCAAGUGUUUAAGAUUCGAAUUCGUCAUGACAACACCAUGGUGGGAGCAGACUGGUACCUGGACCAGGUUGAAGUACAGGAUAUGGAAACAGAGGAAGUUUAUAUGUUUCUGUGUGAGCGCUGGCUGUCAAAAAAGAAAGAGGACAAGCAAAUUGACAGGAUCUUCUAUGUCAAGGGGUAUGAGCGUGACAGGAAUAUCGAUCCAUAUUUCAUGAAGAUGGCCCAGUCUAGACAAGGACUCGAUAAAAAUGCCAACAAGAAGAAAAAGAAGAAAAAGGUGACAGUAGCCGAAGAAGGUCCAAUCAUCCCUUAUCACUUUACACUGUCCACGGGAAUUGACCGGGAUGCCAGCACCACAGCCAGGGUUUAUGUCAUCAUAAUCGGCCCUAAGGACGCGGAGACGGACCGUCUGUGGCUGGACCUGGCAGAAGGGAAGAAAUCCUUCGCAGCUGGCAGCAUGGAGCACUUUGUGUGCUAUGGAGCUGACGUAGGAGAGAUCAAGAGGGUGGAACUCGGCCAUAAUGGUGUCACACCAGAGAGCUGCUGGUUGGUGGAUGAGCUGUCGGUUGCUGUGCCAACCAAAGGUAUCAAGUACAUCUUUCCAUGUAAGUGCUGGCUGGCCAAAGACAGGGGAGACGGUUUGACUGUCAGACUAUUAAACGUGUUGGACUCCAGCACCAUCAACAUUAUCCGCAAAGUUAUUUAUUCAGUCACAGUUGUCACUGGAGACACUCAGUAUGCAGGGAUGGAUACAAAAAUUUUCCUGACUGUGUUCGGGGCCAACGGGAGCACGGAGGAAAUGCUGCUGCCGAAAAAAGGGGAUAGGUUUGAACGAGACCAAGAAGACACGUUCACGUUGGAAAUAGAUGACAUAGCUCCUCUGAAGAAGAUUAGAGUUCGGAUUGACGGCACUGGGAGCCGCCCAGACUGGUUUCUUGACAGGAUCCUUAUGAGGAACCUGACCACGGAGGAGGAAUAUCAGUUCACCUAUGAGAACUGGCUGUCCCAGACUAAAGGGCCCAGAAGGACAAAAGUGUGUGAGCUUCCGGCAGUCGUGGAUGAUGAGGAGAUGGUGGAAAAAACUACUUAUAUUAUCCAAGUGCAGACCAGUGAUGUUGGAGGCGGAGGUACUGAUGCCAACGUGUUUUUAAUCGUGUUUGGAGAGUAUGGCGACACUGGGACACUGCCUCUGAAGGAGAGCACCAAUAGGAACAAGUUUGAGCGGAAGAUGAAGGAUGUAUUCAGGUUCCCUGACAUUCUCAGUCUGGGGGAGCUGUCCAAAGUUCGAGUGUGGCAUGACAAUAAAGGUCCAGCACCUGGGUGGCACUUGGAGUACAUUGACAUCAAAGACGAGGCCAUGGACCAGACCUUUAGGUUCCCCUGCGACCGCUGGUUGGCUAAAAAUGAAGAUGACGGGCAAAUUAUACGGGAGCUGGCAUGUGCCAACAAUGACUCUAUAGACCUCAGUGACAAAACCAAAUAUGAAAUCGUCACCACCACUGCUAACACAGACGACGCCUCCACUUCAGAAAACGCCUGGAUUGUGUUGGAAGGAAGGAAAGCCAGAUCCAAAGAGUUUGUUCUGGAGAACAAGAAAAAAAAGUUUUUAAGCGGUGCCACUGACACAUUUGAGUUCUCUUCCAAACACUUGGGGGAAAUCGCUGGCAUCUGCCUGGGCCACAUCACAAAGGAUGGAAAGAAGGUGAAGAAAGAAGUCUUUUGGCACAUCUGGGAGGUAGUGGUGACAGAAAAGGAGCUGGGAAACAAGUAUUUUUUUCACUGUGACGCACGAAUCCCUCUGGCAGCCAAAAAAGACCAUUUCCAAACUUUCGAGUGCUUUAAAUCCAUUGAGAGCUUCGCCAGCAAAGUUCGAAAACUGGUCCCCGUCAAGUACGAAAUCAUGAUCAUCACUGGGGACAUCAAAAGGGCUGGAACGGACGCUAAUGUUUACAUCACAAUCUAUGGGGUCAACGGGGACUCGGGCAGGCGGCACCUGAGGCAAAAGUUUCGUAACCUUUUUGAGCGAGGGCAAACAGAUCGGUUCGUUGUAGAGAUGCUGGACCUCGGGGAGCUGCUCAGGGUUAAGGUGGAGCACGACGGCAGCAACUACAGCUGUGGGUGGUUUUUAGAGUGUGUGGAGAUAACUAACACGGCUAACUCGGUCACAACCAUCUUUCAGUGUGGAAAGUGGCUGGAUGAGAACAAAGCUGAUGGGCAAACGCAUAGAGUGCUUUAUCCAAAAUAUUAGAAGAUACAAAGUAUAUUUAAUUUGUUCCUUUUACUUUUUAUUCAAAUUUCUUCUGAAAAAGCUACAGUAACAAAGAUUAAGGUAGCUCUUUGUGCCAAGUGUUGAGGCCUCAUCUCUUCAAACUGAAGGAAAAGCCACAGAUAUCUGAGUAAAUAAGACAAUAAACAUGUAACUCAUACUGUAUUCAAGUUGUUUUCUUUUCUUCUACGUGUCAAAGUUAUGAUACCGUAGAAUUAUACAAAUAAAAUAUAAUCAAUGAUGCUGUCUGGUAUGAUAGAAAGGAAAGAUGGCAGAUUUGUCUGAUCCACCCAGCAAUCAGCCAUCUGUGUGUGUGUGUGUGUC